AAUGGACCCACAACAGGUGACAGGUGACACAACUAAUGGACAGACGCUGGCAAACGGCGAAGCUGCUUUGGAGGAGUCAUUUGGGUCGAGAAGCACAAGAUCCAGCCGCACACCUAUCUCCAAUGUGACCCACUUUGACACUCCAGAGCAGGUAGCUGCAGGCAGGCCAAACAGCUCAACUGCCUCGAAAUUCAAGCAAUCUCCAGCUUUGAAGAUGACAAGCAGAGGGGGCCAAAAGCAUAAUAGUGGGAUGGACACUUCAGUGACCUUCAACAUCUCGGGACCCAAGGAAACAGUUGCCUCACCGGAAGUAGAGGACUUUGAGCAGCAGGCAGUAUGUGCAUCCCCAACAAACCAUUUGACCUCAGAUUGUACGGAUGUUGCUGUAGGCAACUCUGUGAAGACAAGAAGAUCCAGUCGCAUGCCAGAUGCUCUGAAUAUUUCAUCAGGGACGUCUACAUCAGUAUCUGCAAAGAAAGAGGUGGUGAACACCCCACACUCCAAACGAGUUUCAGUCUAUAAGCAAACACCAGCUUCAAACAAGGCAAACCGGAAGGCUGCGGAGCAGGAGAUGAUGGAAACGUCUUCAUUCAGACAAUCCAAUCCAGACAUCAUGGUUGCUUCCUUGUAUGAGUCUGCUAAGACAAGAAGUGCGAGGCCCAGCUGUACACAGUCAUCAAAGGAAGCAAAUAUGACAAUGCUGGAGCAGGAUAAUGCUGGCACUCCAGGUACUUUCAAUUGUUUAAAAGCAAACUGUACCACACCUGUUGUGAAAGGGAUGGAUGAGGCAAAUGAAGAUGCAGUAUGUAUGCCACAGUCCGUCAGAACAUCAGGAGCAAAGCGGACUCCAGCCUCAAAGAAGGUGCAGCAAAAUGAUGAGGCUGCUGAGCCAAAGUCUCCUUCAGACGGUAUGCAUGAUGCUCUGGAAGAGUCUGUCAGGACUGAAGUGCCGGAGCAGGACAUUGACAGCACACCAAACGCUUUGAGUUCUUCAAGAGCUAAACGUACACCUGCUUCCAAGAAAGUGAAUAAAGAAGUGGAACACCUGGAAAAGGAGUCAUGGAGCCCAUCACCAUCCAAACAUGUCACUGUUGGUGGUACGGACGUUGCUGUGGCAGAGCCUACCAAGAAGAAACAGUCACGAACCAGUCGCACACCGGCCUCAAAGAAAGCCAGUGCAGAAGUACCACAAAAAGCUGGGAGCACACCGGAGACUCUGAAUAUUUCAGUAGCUGAAUACGUGCCAGUAUCCAAUGAGGAUUUGUUGACUUCCAAAACUUCAGGAGCUCAGAAAAUACCAACGAAUCAAGAGGAAAAGGCAACUGAAGAGAGGACAAGAGGCAGAAUGUCUCCGGCACUUGCAACUUCAGACAGUACGAGUGUUGGUUUGGACGGGUCUGUCAGGAAGAGAAGUGUAAGGUUGAGCCACACGAUUGCAUCAGAAAAGCCAAGUGCAGAAACACUAGAGCAAGACAUAGUCAGCACACCAAGCACUGAGGGUACUUCAAGAGCUGCGCGCACAUCAGUCUCCGUGGACGCAGCAACUACAAAACAACAUAUGAUGGAAAGUCCAAAGCCCUUCAGAGCUGCUAAAGUGACACAGACACCAGUUACAACCAUUGUGAACAAAAAAACCCCACAGCGUAAGACUGGAGGCAUGUCUCCAUCUAAAGUUGUAACACCUGACAGUUUAACUGCUACAUUGGAGGGCCCUGUCAAGGCAAGACGUGGGAGAUUCACCAACACACCAGUCUCAAAGGAAGCAAGUGCAGAGGUGCUAGAGCAGGAUGCACUUAGUCCAGUUGUACUGAAUACAACAGUGAAGCGCACAACGGGAUCUCGGAAUACAACUGAAGAGACUGCCAAGCAACAAGUUGAAGAGAUAACAAAGCAAGAUGUGCUAGACAGUCAGCACUCUCGUAGAGCGUCAAGGACUAAGCGGACACCAGCUUCAAGUGAAGUUAAUUUCGAGAAAAAGGCCCCAGCACAGGAGAUAGCUGGCAGUUCCCCAUCCAAGCAUAUCGUUUCAGAAGAUGUUACUGCAGAAAAGUUCGUUGGGCGAAGGAGUGCUAGAUCUAGCUGCACGGCAACAUUGAAGACAGAUGAAGAGAUGACACUGGAGAAAACAGCAGUUACACCUAGCACAAGUUUUUCAGUUGAUGAACAAGUGCCAUUUGUAGGGGAGCAAAAUGACGUGACCACAGGGCAGAAGGCUGCAGGUUCUCCAAUCAAGAGAGCUAAGCGUACACCAGGUUCAGCCAGCUUGCAUAAAGAAGUGGAUGUUUCUCGACAGGAGACAGCUCACAAGCCAUUAUCAAACAAUGUCUCAAACACUAGUGAUGUUGCAGUGGAAGAGGCUGUCAGGCCUGCAAGGGGUAGGUCUAGCUGCACACUGGCAUCAAUGAAAGUCUCUGCAGCUACCUCAGAGUCGGAGCUGAUAUUAGAAGAUAAGCAAAUACCAUCAUCAGGGAAGGCAAACAAGGCACAGAAACAAGUAGUAGUUGGUACUCCGAAGUCCUCAAAAGUUUCAGGAACGAAACAGAAGCAAGCCUCAGGCAAAGUGAGAGAAGAGGACGAUGACACACGGCAUGAAGCAGUGAAGUUGCAAUCUGAAUGUGUGGCUUCAAAUGAUACAGAUGAUACAGUGGGUUCUGUCAUAAUGAAGAGUGCAAGAGCUAGUGGCACACCAGCCUCAAAAGACGUACACUUAGAUGCAGUGGAGCACGAGGCGGUUGGUACAACAAGCAGGUCAAGAUCUAAGCGGACAGUAGCCUCAAGUAAGGUUGAUGAAGAUGUCAUGGAGAGUGAAACAACAGACACUCCAAAGUUGAAAGCUGGGAAGUCCAGGCGCAAACCAGCAUCAAGAAAUGUGAAUGACCAGGAUCAAGCACCGGAACAAGAGCUGGAGGCACUGCUGCCGUUUGAACAUGGAACUCCAGAUGUUGCUGGGGAGCAGACCACCAUCAGGAGUGCCCGUUCUCGCCGCAUGCCAGCUCUAAAGUGCACAGAUGAAGAUGUGCCAAAGUCGGAGGACGGGGCUACUCCAAGUUCAUCCAAAGCUAAGCGUAAACCAGUUUCAAAAGCCACAAAUGAACAUCUUGAGCUCGACACAAGGAAGAGUUCGAAUACUGUGGGACCUAAGGAAACACCAGCGUCCGGAAAAAUCAACGAAGAAAAGGAGACUUCAGCAGAGAUUAACAAUGUAAAUGUUGCAUUAGAGGAUUCUACCAGGCCUGCAAGAAGCACAAGGUCAUAUCGUACCGUCGCUUCAAGUAAGGUGGACACCAAUGUCUUAAAGCAGGAGACUGUAGAGCAGCCACAACCGAAGAAAACUAGAGCUAAACGUACACAGGCACCCAAGAAAGUGCAUGAAGAGGAGGUCCCAAGUUCAUCAGUGGAACUGCUGGCAGAAAACGUGGUUUCGUCAGAAAAGGAACCAACUCAAAGUCCAGUGCAGGUCCAGAGAAAGCGUGCCAUCAAGCAGGGCAGAAAAGAUCAAAAUUGUGAGCCCACCGAGACUUUUUCGCCUGCGCAAGAGGUCAAGGAUGAGGUGGUCGCACCUCCACCGACGACUACCACACGGAAAGGUCGAGGAAAGCGUGCGUUUACCUCCCAAGAGGAUGGUACAGAAACUCAGCUAAGCACUGCUGAAGACGAUGGUGGCACUAUUAAAAAGAAAAGGGGCCGUCUGCCAAAGCAAGUAGCUCCUCCUAUGGACGUAUUGCAGGAUAAUGGUGCUGAAGAGCUGAGCGAAAAAGUGGGCAUCUCCUCUAAGAGCACGAGAUUACGCCGUGUUGCCGCAUCAAAGCAAGAACCGCAUGACGAGGCUCUAGCAAGCGAUGCUUCACACACAGAUGAAGCAAUGGUACGAAGAAGCAAGCGUAAGGCUGUUGAAGCGACUGCCACUUUGAUUGACCAUGCCAUGGUGGAGGUUGCUCCAAAAAAGACUAGAGGAAGGCGUGCCAAAGCAGUGGAAAGUACGCAUGUUGACGAGGAGGGCUCUGCUGCUAAGGCAUUGAAGACUGGGCAACCUGAAGAGGUGGCACCUGCAAAAAGGACACGCAAGAGGGUAUAGGAACACUCAUGCUUGCAUUCUCAUUUUACUUUUUAACUUGCAAUAAAUGCUUGUACUCCCAUACUGGA